CCUCCCUCUCCCUUUCUCUCUAGCUCUGAUGUUGGCAAAGGGGGUUUUCUUAAUCAGACUGUUUUUUUGGUCCGAGGGAAAGGAGGAAGAAGGAGAUUGUGAUGGAGAAAGGGGGUCUGUAAAACGUCAGGCGCGGCACAAAGGCUUUGCCACGUAAUUACAGGCUCCUAUUAAGUCGAGAUCUGCCCUCCCAGGGGUCUCCAAUUUUCUUGUAUUCCCUACAAAGCCUCCUCUGCAUGCCAGUUUGUGCCUUUUGAAGUGCCAGCGAGCUUCUUGAUCCAACUGAGAAGGAAAAAGGAGCUCAGCAAGAAGAGGGGGAGCGAGAGAAGGGAAAGGGGGGAACCCGCCACCACCCUCCUUUGGACUCUUGAAGCCCUAUUUUUUUAAUUUUUAAUUUUUUUUUUUUUUACUCCUUACGAAAAAGUAAAGUGAGAAUCCUGCUCUCUAAUACAUCUGCAAGACAUCACCCUCUCCUCCUGAAACUUUAGUCACUCCUGAGAAUCCGCAGGAGUGCAGAGAGGGGGAACACGUUUUCUUGAAGAUGUUUUAAAGCUGGAACAAGCCUUCUUCUGUUGGUGCUUGAACUCUUGCCUGGGAAUAACUUUUUUAACCUUUAAAAAAAACCCACUUUGAUUCUUCUCUCCCACCCCUUCUUCUCUCUUCUUCUGUUUGCCUAACUCCCCCGCCCUGCUGGCCUCCCCUUUCCUCUCUCUCUCUCUUAUUAUUAUUUUUAGUGUGUGCGUGUGGACGCUUUUGGAGAGUUGGAAGGGAUUUUUUUUUUCUCCUGACUUGAACACAGGGUGACUUUUUAAUUUUAUUUUUUGGUGAGGAUUAUCUCUUUGGACCACGCCGGACUUGGCCUCAGGAAAGCAACCAAGGCUGUGGAAGGCGGCUGGUGCAGAACGCUCUGCUCUGCAGAAGGGGGUCCCCCGCCCUCCUUUCCAGUUUUUUUUUUUUUUUGGCCUUCCUCUCCUUCCCUCCCUCUUCCUCCCUCCCUUUCUCUCCCUCUCUCUCCCUCUCUCCCUCUCUCUCUCUCUCUCCACUCCCCCCUCUUUCUUCCCCACUCGGCUUCUCUCCCCCCUCGCGCCCACAGCGUUUGGUGUUGAUUCGAGCGGGAAGAGGGGGGUGGGUGGGAUCGGAGGGGGAGACCAUGACCUCCAGCUACGGGCACGUUCUGGAGCGGCAACCGGCGCUGGGCGGCCGCUUGGACAGCCCGGGCAACCUCGACACCCUGCAGGCGAAAAAGAACUUCUCCGUCAGUCACCUGCUAGACCUGGAGGAAGCCGGGGACAUGGUGGCGGCACAGGCGGACGAGAGCGUGGGCGAGGCGGGCCGGAGCCUGCUGGAGUCUCCGGGACUCACUAGCGGCAGUGACACCCCACAGCAGGACAAUGAUCAGCUGAACUCAGAGGAAAAGAAGAAGAGAAAGCAGCGGAGGAACAGGACGACCUUCAACAGCAGCCAGCUGCAGGCUUUGGAGCGCGUCUUUGAGAGGACACACUACCCCGAUGCUUUCGUGCGAGAAGACCUCGCCCGCCGGGUGAACCUCACCGAGGCCAGAGUGCAGGUGUGGUUUCAGAACCGAAGAGCCAAGUUCCGCAGGAAUGAGAGAGCCAUGCUGGCCAAUAAAAACGCUUCCCUCCUCAAAUCCUACUCAGGAGACGUGACUGCAGUGGAGCAGCCCAUCGUACCUCGUCCUGCUCCGAGACCCACCGAUUAUCUCUCCUGGGGGACAGCCUCUCCGUACAGAUCCUCGUCCCUCCCAAGAUGUUGUUUACACGAGGGGCUUCAUAACGGAUUCUAACGGAAGACACUGAAAAGCGCCAUGGCUACUUACUCUGCCACAUGUGCCAACAAUAGCCCUGCACAGGGCAUCAGCAUGGCCAACAGCAUUGCCAACCUGAGACUGAAAGCCAAGGAAUAUAGUUUACAGAGGAACCAGGUGCCAACGGUCAACUGAGGAAAAAAGUUAUUAAACAGGCCUAAGAAGAAAUCAAAAAACCAUAAGACACCUAUCCUGCUCUGUCAUUUCUUCAUCUGCUGGGGGAAAAAAAAAAAAAAAGUAAAAAGCAAACAAAAACAAAAGCCAGAACUAAAAUAUUGGGACCAUGGCAGAGAAAAGCAGGAGAGGAGCAAAAUGAAAAUUAGUUAACAGAUGUUCCUCCUCCCUCUGGGAUACCACCACCACUUGUUUCUGUGUGUGUUUAUUUUGUUUUUCUUUCUAUUCAUGCUUUGCCUAAUAUACUCCAAGCUUCUUCAGCUAGGUUCAGCCCACCCACCCCAUGAUUGUAUGAGGUUUUUUAAAAAAAACUACAGCAGCCAAAGAAACUAUAUUUUAUAUAUAUGUGCGUGUAUCUCCAGAAUGAUUUCCCCUAGUCUCCUUCUUGACCUGUUUAAACCUCAGUGCCUUACAACUGUCCUUGUCCCAGUUCUCUCUGCAGAAGCUCUAGGAGCUUUUGAAAAGCCAAAGUCUUUCUGAAGAAUCCGUGCCGGCCAGACAUAAUUUCCUUUCUCAUUGUCUCCUUUUCUGUUGAUCAUGGUAAGGUUUUUCCAUCAGCUACUGGGAAAAAAAAAAAAAUUGUGUACAACAUGUGGUCACUGGCCUGUCUGAUCCAAUGUAAUUGGCUGUGUCUGGCUAAUUCUAAGCUCUAAGCACAAGAUCUAAGCUCUAAGCUAUAGAUUAUAAUAUCACCAGCACAACCACUCCUCACCCCACCCAAACAAUCUUAAAGGUUUCUGUUGUCUUUGAGUGAUUUGCUGUCACAGGCUAUUUGGUAGAAGAAAUAUUUUUCAUUUGAGAGAGGGGAGAGAAAUUUCUCUAGAAACACAAAGACUGCGUUGUAAAAGCCAUGCCUACAUCUCUUUGGUGCCUUAAGGGCAGUCAGAUGUACACUUAUAUAUAUACCUUAUAUAUUUAUAUAUUUUAUAUAUAUAUAUAUAAUAUUGCAAGCUUGAGUUUGCAAUUUCUCAGACACUACAAAAAGCAAAUUUCACACCAUCACCACUGUUCGUAUCUCUACAGUGAUAAGACUUAUUAAUUAGGGAUCUUAAAAUUCUCAUUAAAGCCACAGAGCAAUCGAUAGGGCAGCUGUUUGACAACAGGUCUCAUUUUCACAGUAGGGCUUUAACUGAAUUAGAAACUAUUUGAGGCUAUAAAAAUGUCCUUAAGUUUGGAGCCUGAGCUUUGGUGGAAUACUGAUACAUUUGAUCUAUCAUGGGAAUUGCACUUAGAGAGAAGAGGGAAGACCAUUUAGUUAUUCACUCCCUCUUCACUCAACAGGAAUCUGAAAGACGUAUGUUUAAGUGGAAUACUUAAAGGUGUGUCUAAAUUCCAAAAUUUAAAAUGCAAUUGUGGGCUGUUUUUAUUUUUUAAUGUUUUGAAAUAAAUUUAGUGCCUAGGGCUGGGAGUCAAGACUGAUCCUUCUUUGUUUUUUUCUCUUUGUUCCCAGCCAUGCUUUUGUAACUUUUCAGGUGGACUUGACCAAACCAUGGUGCCAUGCUGUGCCUCAGUUUACCCAUUCAUGAAAUGGGUUUAACAAUACUUACCUACCUCACAGGGGUGUUGUGAGGCUCUCUUCAUUUGCUUCUUCAUUCUUUCUUGUAUCCUCUGUAUGUCCAGCACUUUGUAGCCGUGGGAGGAAAGGCACUAUACAAGUGGACGAUGUUAAUGGAAGGAUACGGUACCUGGAAGCCUUGUUUUCUAGUAAGGAAAUGCAACCUUGCUGUACAUACUUAUAACCUUGUAUUUGGAAAUGAGAAAUAGGCUUAUAUUUUGAGAUCUCUCAAAAAAUCACAUCAUUUGACCAAAAGAAUAAUUUAAGACACACAGAGCAGACAUAUUUUUAACUUAUAUUCUCAUCCUGACCAGCUUGGUUCUCAGAAUUUUUAGUUAUGAAUGAUUAAUAAACUUUAGGUUGAUUUUGGCCAAAUAUGCCAACUCUGUACUGUGAGUGACAGGCAAACUUUUGGGUGUAAGAUGCACUUUUAGCACACAUUUGUAUUUCCCUUGGCAUAUCAGAUUGAGCUAAUGGUGAUAUUAUUUCAGUCUAACAGCCACCAGUCUGAAAAUGUAUUUCAAAUGUUGAUUCUGUACUUCUUUCAAUAAUAGGAAGGAACCCCAUUUUAUACAUUUUGCUUUUACCAACUGAUUCCCUUUUCUUUUAACCCACUAUUAAAACAUUUCUUAGUGAAUGGUUCAUGUAGGCUGGCUGAACAACACACAUUAUUUGCUUACUAAAGAGUCCCUCCAUUCAUUCUCUUGUCCCACCAGUUGCUGUGGAUUAUCAAGUUUUGAAGGAACAGUAUAUCCUAACAGACUGAAACAUUCUUUGAUUUGUGAAAUGAGUGCAAUCCAAGAAAUUGGUGAACUUUAGGGGUUUGGAGUUUGGGGAGAAAGGCUAACAGAGGAUUUGAGUUAUAGGCAGGGAACAAAUCAUAUAUGAAAAGGUUUUAUCAAGAAGCGGGAACUUGUAGGAGAGUGAGUGGAGAGGUGGAGGGGCACGCAAAACAAACUUAUUAGAAAUUUUCAUCCAGACAUCCAUUUCUAGUGGUGAACAGAAAAGCCUGAACUCAUAAACCAAAAGGGUGGAUGAAACUGGGUGACUUUAUCCAAGGCCUUGGCCGAGUGAUGUCCGGCAAUAUCAUGGAGUAACCACUGCUGGUCAGCCAAGGAAACAUUCAUUGCUGGUGAACCAACACCAUGAGCAUCUAUUACCUAAGCACUUGAUCAAGAAGCAUACAUGUAGUAAAAGCACUCAGUUUUGUUCAUUUAUUAUUGAUUUUUUUAAAAAAAUACAAGUUUGAUAUGUGAUUUGAAGGAGUAGCCUCCGGCUCUUAAGCCAGUUGUCAGGGGAGGGCCUCAGGGCCGCAAACUUCAAGACAUACCCCUGUUCCUCACCGUCAUUAUACCCAGAUGCAGAUGAAUGCGUAUGUAUGAACUGUCUGUGUCCUCAGUCUCUCCCCAAUCAAGAUGCUGAUUCGUAGGGUACUUGGCAGGUUAAAUUAAACCAGAAGAGGUGACUUAAUAAAAAAGGGAAUGUCAUUUAGGGUAUAAAGAUCUCAUAAGAAAUGUAAUAUGUAAAUUAUAUCUUGCUUUAUGAUGUAAAAUAUACAUUGUUUGCGCUAGAAUAGAAAUGAUUCCUUUUCAAUAAAAAGAAAGAAGGA